CGUUUUGAUGUUUUCAAUUUUUCAGUUUGUAUAGUCUAUAAUCCAUUUUGUCUUAGUCUGUGAUUUCCGAUUGCAAUUGAAGUAUCAAGUACUCUAUAUACUUAGCAAUAUUGAUUACAAAUUAUUAUAUUUUGAUAUUGUUAAUACUAAAUCGUAGUUUAUUAAUCAAAUCAUGGCCAAACAUCCAUGUCCAUAUGAAGAUUGCACUUCUACAUUCAGUCGUCCAUAUCGUUUACGAAUUCAUAUUCAACGACAUCAAGGCAUUAAAGAAUUCAAAUGCACUCAAUGUGAUCGCAGUUAUCAUAGGCGACAGCACUUGCAGAGACAUGUGGUCGAGGCUCAUCAAAAUCAUCCAAGAUUAGAACAACCACUGUAUUGUGAUCAUUGUGAUCGACAAUUCAACACAGCAUGGGGCCUCCGCAGACAUCAGGUCAAAGUUAAAGAACCAAAACUACGCAACAGGUUACACUGCUGUGAGACUUGUGGUCGACGGUUCUUCAAAAUUGAUAAUCUCAAACUCCAUUCCCUCAAACAUGAACGUUUUAAAUGUAAUAUCCCAUCAUGUGUACUAUCUGAACACAAAUUUAGUUGGUCAUUCUACCAACAACACAUGGCCACUUACCACUCUGAACCUUAUGUAUGUAGUCAUUGUAAUGAACAAUUUUUAAUUAAGUCUCAAUUAAAAAAACACGUCAAAAUACACAUGCCCAGCUUUACUUGUACACAGUUGGGAUGUGGCAAAUCAUUUUCUGAGUUUAGGUAUAUGGAAAAUCAUAUUCGAUCGAUUCAUAGAGAAAGAACUUACAAAUGCAGUGUAAUUGGAUGUGAUUGGGAAUUUAAGUCCAAUAGUUGUUUAGAAAAACAUAUUAAAGUCCAUCAACAAAAUGGAAGAAUUGUUUCAAUGGCUAAUAGACAUAGAAAAAAAGAAUCAACACUUUUAAUGGCAAAUAAGUUGGCUGGAUUAGCAUUAAAAAUCAAUUAAAAUGUUAAAUUAGAUUUAUUUACAUGUAUUGAUUAUGUAUGUAUGUAUAUUAA